GCGGGAACACACCCCGUUAACUCAAUGGAUACUACUCGUAAGAAAACCCAAGGGAAAGGUGAGGACAUGGAAAUGGGGGUUAUCGCGGCAGCUCAAUCCAGACACUUAUCCAUGCCUGAACUGUUGGGUCACAGAGAAGUGCAGCACGAGCUAUAAGACUUUAGAAGCUGCAGUGACGGACGGGGGGGUGUACCAAUGCUAUCCACCGGAGCCUGGCCCAUUUUUCCACUCUAAUAGCCCCGUGUUCUGCUAUAUUCGUGUGCUCUUUUAACUCGUGUCGUGCUUUUUUUGCCUUUCACAUUCCACAGGCACCAAGGAAAGUCAGUGCCAACACCAGAUCCAAGGAGUUCAGUGUCCGCUACUUAUUUCAAAUUUAUUAUCCGAACCCCGCCAGCCUAGUCCCUCGAAAGGAAGAUAAUUCAGAACCGCAAAGAGCAACAAUGUCGAGGUAAUUGAAUCCUUCCUUCUUCCUCUUUUUCCAAUGGGACACCCUUCCUCGCUUUAGUUUUCGGGAGGCCCGCAGCAGUUCUGAUAUCUCACCACUUAGCAAUCUUGAGUCCGAUACCAUAUCGCUUGAUACCUCGUUUGAAGCGACUAUUCAGAUACAGGGGCGAACAUACCAACAAUGGGCUGUCGACCACGGAACAUCCUUCGGACCCGUUGAUGAGGUGAUCUUCCUCUCCUUCGGGAAUUGGUCCUAAGAAUCGACGCUAAACCCCCGCCCAGUAUGAACGAGAUAGACAAGAAACCCAGCAUCAAAUUUUUAAGUUAGUUUUUGAUCGAAGGUUGAUAUUCCCUCCGGUAAAUAAUCCCAGGAAAAUUCUGGAUUGCGGGUAUGGAUCUGCCAGUUGGGCGACUGAUGUCGCCAUGAGCUAUCCACGGUGUGAAGUCUGCCUCCCCCCAAAAUUCCCUGAGCCCCAAUACCGGUAAAACAGCUUUUCUGACAAUCACCAGGUCAUUGGGGUUGACAUAACUCCCCACAUGAUGCCCGAUGACCCACCACAAAAUCUCAUUCUCCAGGUAUGAUAAGAAACUCAUGUUCUGAAUUCAUCGGCGACUUUGCAGCUGGUCAAUAUAAGCUUGUGAUUAACAUGGCGGCACUUCCUUUUCUAAAAUAUAGGUCGACGACCUUAACGAACCAUUCACUUUCCGCACAAAUGAAUUUGACUUCAUCCACUCUCGAAAUGUGGUUACUGGUAUCAAUAAGGGAAGGUGGCCAUCCUACGUGAAAGACUGCGCUCGGUAAGUGUUUUUUUUUCUCUUCUGUUUUUCUUUCCUUGGGUUGGUGGUUAUGAGAGCGAUUUCUGCUGGUGACAUGUGCCGAACUCGAGUUGUUUUGUGUCCCCCGAGAAAAUCCACAGCUUGAUCAGCGGCUCCACUUUACCCAGCUGUCAAGAAAAAAACUCCUCCCUCGCACAUCAUCGAAACAAAAAACAAGCACACUGAAUCUCCUCGCCUCCCCCCUUUACCCAAUUUUGCACCAAAACCCUCCAACGAGACCGGCUCCUAUAUCGGGCGACUGAAGUGCACGGCAUGGGCUGACCAUAUCGGCGUUCUUUAGGGUACUGAGACCAGGAGGAUGGCUACAGAUGGUAGAAAUCUAUCACAAUGUCCAGUCAGAUAAUGGAACUAUGACGGAUGGGCACGCCCUUCGGGAAAUGAGCACAAAAUUCCUAUUGGCGGCAGAGAACUCAAAAGACCUUCGUGCACCAUUGGCACUCGAGUCCUUCAUGCGAGGAGCCGGGAUGGUAGAUGUGGCAGGCAGAAUGAUCCCGUUGCCGUUAAAUGGGUGGUCGAUAAGUCAGUUUCCCAAUCUCUUUCCCCUUAUUUCACUUCUCGUUAGAAACCCCAUGAGUCUUGUGAGUGAGCUUGUCAAGCCCGGCUGGUGUUUGCGCCCGUCACUUAGCCUUCGCUGUCUGCCAUCGGUUCACGCCCCGGCCAGUCAUUCACCAAUCCCAGGGCUCAGGCAUCACGCACCCCUAAAACAAUCUUGAGCGCUUGAGUCAGCCGUCGAGAGAUUUGGGAGAUCUAGGGCUGGGAUGGUCGAACCUCUCCCUAAACCUGUGGUAGGGCACGCAGGGUUCUCUACGGCCGUAAUAUGCUCAAAUUUGAGUGCGAAACACUGCAACAAGCCUUUCUUACAGCGAGCUCACGGACUCUUCGGGUGUUCAUGACUUGUUCUUGCUAACAAAUCUAUCUUGAACCUUCAGACCCCAAGGAGCGUGAAAUCGGCGAGAGAUUCAACUAUUCGUACAAAGCAGCUAUGAGUGGCCAUAUGCGCAUCCCCCUCACCGAGAGACUCCAUAUGACAGACGACCAGUUCAACGACUUGAUGCAGAGAGCGACAGAAGAACUGGAUAACAUCGGGUUGAAGCCAUACGUUGGACUGUAAGCCUUCACACACCAGCCAUGAUACCUGACCUUCACACUAGGAGGAAGCACGCCUCGACGGACUAAGACUAACAUGUUCUCCUUAGAUACAUCUGCAUCGGUCGCAAAGCAAUUUAAACAUAGCACAAGGAUAUUUUCCCACAGUGAGAGACCCCACCACAAUCCCAUCACCACAAAUUGAGGUCACGAUUGCUCACUCGGUGACUUGUGUCAUAGGUCAGAACAACCGAUGUCCGUCUACAAUAGUACAAACCACCUCACGCAAACAAAAACCCCGGCGAUCGCUAUAUUACAAAAGUGAACACCGUGUCCUAAUGGAGCGAUCCUAUUAAUUCGGCUCGGGGGAAAAAAGGAUUUAAAAAAAAAAAGAUCGGGAGCCCGCAGGGCCUCUAUGAAGCUCUUAUAGGGAUGGCACAGGAUGAAGUUGGUCUAUUAAUGUUUUACUAUUUUGUACGGCGCUUAAAUAAGAUAUUAAGACAAGAAUUUUUAACCUCAACCGUUGGCAC